CAGGGGCGGCAUUUCAGCGGCCAUUGAGGCGGUCGUCAAGCCGACCCAUGGGAUUCAGCUCGAUUCUGUCAUGCUUGACCUCGCUCUUCACGCAAUGGAAGACGUAAGUACCCUCGCGCACUGCACACUCACAAUCCCCACCCUACCUAGUCUCACUGUGUUGCUGGGUCCGUCCGGUGAUGCCUGCAGGUAUUUUACGAGAGCCAGCAGCAGGCGUCGGGAAACGCCACUUCAUCAGUAUCCGCGAUCGACCCGUUCGGCCUAUCGUCGGGUUUCGGUCCAUCCUUCCAGCGACAUCGAGGUCUUCUCCGCGACCCUUCGAAGCUGCCACUCUUUGCAGAAGCGACGCACACAGUGGCAACUCAGGAGGGCGUAUACGCUGAUAUCACCAUCGAUCCGAGACUCGCCACCUUUGAUGGCUUACGGACCACCAUGGCACAGCUAGACGCACUCAAUGUCACCCACCUCACCCAGUACCGACACGUCAUCGGCGGACUCGUGCCGUUCCACAACAUUGCUGGUGUGGCCGAGAUGGAGAGCGUGCGCGUCCUGCGGGCGUCGCAGGCCCGUGUGGUGCCCGUUGCGGACGCGUCGGUGGACAAGGAGGCUGCGUCUGCCCGAGAGAUGUAUGGUGUCAACGGGUCGACGGUGAGGUGUGUGGGGGUGCUAUCUGACUCUUUCAACAACACCCGCAAUUUUCAAGAUGACAUCGAUGUGGUCGCGGAGACCGAUACGGCUGAUGGCAACGAUGAGGUAGGGGAGACGAGGCAAUGGAUUGGGUUCACCCAUCCGUGUGGAGCUGCCUUUGUCUGUCUGUGUGCAGGGUGCUAGGAUAAUGCGGCAGGUGCAUGAGGCCCUGCCUGGCCUGAGGAGCUUCGCUUUCAACACUGCCCUUCACGGCCAGGCGGCCUUCGCCGCGGGCAUCGAGAGCCUCACCGAGCAGACGGGCUGCAACGUCCUGGUACAUCAGACAUUGGCACGGUGCAUGCGCGGACACCAGGCGGCUCGUGCAUCAUGUGUCAUCAGGUGGAUCAUGUGACCGUGUUGCAAGAGCCCUUUUUCGCCGACUCCGUCAUCGCAGAGGCGAUCGACACCGUGGCCGCGAAGAACACCUCCUACUUCUCUGCCGCAGGUGAGGGGGCGGCGGCGCCACGUGCAGAGAGAGGAGGACAGCAGGCGAUUGUCUAUGUGUCUGGUUGGUCAGGAGGAUUCGACGCUGCGGGUCUCUUCGAGACGUAUGAGGACUCCGGCGUCAGCGAGACCGUCUCGCUCUUCGGACGUAAGAAGGCAAAGGGCACAACCAGCACUGAGACAGCCACUGGGCGAGGAGUUGUCUGUUUGCCGUCUGUUGCUAAUAGGGUCCCUCCCGUACACGUGGCACAAGUUUUCGAGUACAUCAGACUUCGACCUGCCCAUCAGGAUAGCCGCAAACACCACCGCCACUCUCGUGCUGGUCAGUGAGCGGGGGGUCAGGGGAUGCAUCCACCUUCAUCAUCCACACACGCCUGUGUCAUGCCGAUGUCUGUCUGUACACGUGUGCGCAGAACUGGGCUGACCCUUAUGUGUCUGCAGCUGGUACAGGCACACACAGACACCCCUUGGGCACUCAUCCACGGAAUCUUCCCACUGUGUUGCCCUAUGCAGGCGAGUCUUCUGGUGGUGCUCUGACCGACUUGGACCUCUUUCUUUUCACGCCUGACGGCGCCGACGUGUUGGCGAGCGGCAUCUCGAGCAACAAAGGGGCAGACCCCAUCGAAAUCGCCUACUUCACUGUAACAGAGAGAGACGAAAAGCAAGAGAGGUCGUAUUGUGCAUGUCCCUGCUGUGUGUCGUCUGUCAGAACGACGGCCCUGGAGAGGACUUCAUCGUGCGUGUGGGCAAGUACAUCACACACAAGUAGGCACACACACCAGCAGAGUCGAGGCAAGCAAGCUGUCGGCACCCUGGGCGUGUGCGUGUGUGUUCAGCGCCUCCACAUCCGAGGCCGACUUCGAGUCGCCCGAUCCCGACCACAUCGGACUCGUUGGCUUCUCCGUCAUCGACGUCCACGGCCACAUGAAGGGACCCACUCAGUAUGGUCACUCGACAGCUGCGGGCGCAUCGGCCGUCGAAGCACCACAAACCGAGGUACGCAUCACAUCAAGCCAAGGGCGAUGUUCAUGUUCACCCGUCAAUCAGGGCCCGCUGAAUUUUCCCCUCCUGUAUGACGCGACCGGCCAGCGGCUUCCCGAGGUCACCUACCGCCCCACAGCCGGCUUCGCAUCCGCCGACGCUGCACAGGUGGUGGCCCUCGCCGCCAUGAUCAGGGAGAGCGACGAAGCCCUGACGCCAACAGAGGUCAACACAGUCAUCCAACAGACCAAUGGUGAGCGAGAUGAGACACACGGGGGCUGAUGGGUGCAUGUGUGGUUGGUUCGUUGCUUGUCGCGACUGCAGCCAGCGUGACGGCUGCGUUGGCGGCGUUGAAGGAUGGGUCGUGGAGGGCGGCAGCGGCGCCGGGCGAGAGUGCUGGUGCUGGAGACGAGGGCACCAGUGGUGAUCAGCAGCACGACGAGGAGAUGCUGGGGACUGCGUGAUGACGUGUCUAUGACUGUGACGGUGACUGUGCUGUGCUGUGCUGCCAUGUUGGUUGUGCGUGUGGGUC